UGGGAAAAAUUUAAUAGUGAGGUUACGAAUAAAGUUACUUCGAUAAACGGUUUUAAAAGCGACGUGAAGCUGUGGUGCAGAAUGUUGCUUCCCGGGGCAGUGAAAAGGGUGUACAACUUACAAAGCAAACAAUUGGUCAAGCUGUUUUCUCGUAUACUGCUCGAGGACGAGAACGAGAUGCUGGAACAUCUCGAGCGAGGAGACGUAGCUGAAACCAUCCGAUCCUUUUUCGAGAAAAGCGUCGCUCGAAAACCAGCUGAAAACAGCGUAUUUACCAUUCAACAGGUGGAUGAAUUUUUACAAGAGUUGUCGCUUUUAACCAAAGAGGAGGAGCAAGUUCGCCACUUUUGUUCCAUCAUUUCCAAAUGCACUCUGGACGAUUUAAAAAUGAUAAUUCGACUGAUCAAGCAUGAUUUAAGAAUAAAUGCUGGUCCGAAACAUAUUUUGGCCGCGGUGCACGAAGACGCUUAUGAGGCUUUCCAAACAUCCAGGGAUUUGAAUAGCGUUAUCGAAAGGUGUUUGCAACGAUCGUCGAAAUCAAAGAACAAAUCGAAUUCUUCCGAUGUUAAAGUUACACUUUCGCUGAUGACACCUGUCUUACCUAUGCUGGCAGAAGCUUGCAAGUCCGUGGAAAUGGCGAUGAAAAAAUGUCCAAAUGGAAUGCUGGCCGAAGUGAAGUAUGAUGGAGAACGCGUUCAAGUGCAUAAGAAAGGAAACGAAUUUCGAUACUUCAGCAGAUCCUUGAAACCAGUGCUUCCUCAUAAAGUGAAUCUUUUCAAGAAUUAUAUUCCACAAGCUUUUCCAGAUGGCGAUGAUCUGAUUUUGGACUCCGAGAUCCUCAUGAUUGACACCAAUACUGGACAACCGUUGCCCUUUGGUACCUUAGGCAUUCAUAAGAAAGCUGAAUUCAAAGAUGCAAAUGCCUGUUUGUUCGUUUUCGAUUGCAUUUAUUACAACGGAGAUGUUUUGCUGCACAAAUCUAUGAUGGAACGAAGACGAAUAUUAACGAAGAGAAUGACAGAGAUACCAAACAGAAUAAUGCUGUCGGAAACGAAGGAAGUCCAUAAUUCCCAAGAUUUAGCAGAAAUGAUCGCCAGGAUUCUUAAAAUGGGUCUUGAAGGCCUGGUUCUCAAAGAUAUUCACAGCAAAUAUGAGCCGGGUAAGAGGCACUGGUUGAAGGUAAAGAAGGAUUAUUUAUACGACGGUGCAAUGGCCGAUAGUGCAGAUCUCGUCGUGCUUGGCGCAUGGUACGGUACAGGGAACAAAGGAGGUAUGAUGUCUAUAUUCCUCAUGGGUUGCUACGACGAAGAUCGUGGCAACUGGGUAACGGUGACCAAAGUACACACUGGUCACGACGAUGCAACCUUGGCAAGCCUUCAGGAUGAGCUCGAUAUGAUAAAAAUAAGCAAGGAUCCAACUAAAGUACCACGUUGGCUACGCGCUAACAAACCAAUGAUUCCCGAUUUUGUUGCAAAGGAUCCGAAGAAACAACCGGUGUGGGAAAUAACGGGAGCAGAGUUCACUAAUCAGGGUGUUCACACAGCUGACGGUAUUAGUAUCAGAUUUCCACGUGUAACGCGCAUUCGUCCAGAUAAAGAUUGGUCUUCUGCCAUCACUUUGAACGAAUUGCGAAAUCUUUUCAAAAAGAAUUCCGAGUCGAUAGAUCUUACCCUUCUUUUGCCUUCAACUUCUAAGAAAGAAAUUGAUAAAAGGAAAACGAGAGAAGAAGAUUCAUCUUUUUUGAGCACAAAAGCGAAACGCGAAGAUGAAAGAUCAAAGUCUCCAACAAGGAAAAAUAAGGAUUCAAAAACGAUUAAAACACCUUCUCCAAAGAAAUCUCCCGCAAAGCCAGCAGUCAGUUCUCCUCGAUCUAGAUCUAACGGAAAAAAUAAGGAUCAAAGAAGGCACGAUGGUGCAGAAAAAAAUGUUUUCAACGAACGGGAUACGGAGGCAGCGUAUUAUGCUUUUGUAAAUAGGGAUUUCAUCGAGUAUUCCGCUGCAGGAGUCCCGUUAAAUUGGAUCGAAGGACGAAAACCCAAGGAUGGUCUUCCGUCGGAUGCAAAAUCGUUGCAUAAUUUAACGAACAACGAAUUGAAAUCUAAGAGCAUUUUAAAGGGUGCACCGAUCAGUUUAGCGCCAAGUUUUAAGAAAAGCAAACAACAAGAUUACGUUCGCAACAUGCUCAAGACUCUUGGGGCCAAGGUGUUGAACGACGAAGAUAAGUCUACUACGGCCACGUAUAUGAUUCAUCCUUGCAAGGAAAUCCUAUCGUCCGCUGUUCACGAGUUCGAGGAUGUUCCAAAGACGGUGAGGCACGUGAGCGUCUCUUGGGUAGAGGCGGUCGCCUCUACUUUGGAAAUUCAAGGGACGGAAGAGCACGCGGUGGAAUUGGUCGAGAAUUAUUGUUCCUGCCCCUGUUCUCACCGAUGACCAUCUUUACACGAAAUAGAAUAAUGUAGAAAGUUCAUUGGGAAGAAAUAUUCGAGGAGAAUCUUGUACUUACCUUUUCCUUGCAUCCCAACAUGUUGUCCUUGAAAUCGAGUCCUUCGAAACUCGACUGCUUUAACGAAGGAAAAUGUAGAAAAUUGUAAAUUGUACAUUUUAUAUUUAUUUCGCUACUGGAUAUUCGUAGCAAAAUAUAUUCGGAAAAUAAAGAGAUCGAUCGCAUACAGAACGGAAAAAA